AUGCAAGAUGAGGAACCACAGGACAAGAUACAGCAGCCUAUCAGCAAAUUAACUGAGCGGAACAGACUUAGAAUGGUGUUAAAAAACUUGUCACUCUUGAGGCUACUCAAGAAUUCAAACCCUCGGAUCCAAGAACUAUAUAGCCUGGCCAGAAGGUGUUGGAAUUCACUGCUCAACGUUCCGAAGGUCCUCCAGAUCUCCUCCAGGAACAACACUGUCUGCACUGAAAUGGGCCAGAAUAAUGGACUCCAAGAAGCUAAGUGCUCCAAGAAGAAACUGGAGUCCAAGAACUUAGGGAAGCCUAAGAAGUUGAAGUCCAAGGUGAGGGUGCCAGAGAAGAAAAAGGUCCAGCAGUCACGUGCAGCAGUGCCAGAUGGAGAACAAGUGGAGCCUGAGGUCCCAAAGACAUCGAUCACUUGCCCUGGAGCCUGGGGGAGGCAACUACCCACUGGAGACCCUGGAGUCAUCUUCCUGAAGCCCCACCAAGGGGAUACGGAGCAGCUGCAAGUAGCUGACCAGUGGAACUGGUUUGAGGGGCUGCCCAGGCGAAUCCACCUCCCAGGACCCCGGGUGAUGUGCAGGCCAUCCACCAUGCGCUUGGUCAAGCGCUGCUGCACCCGCUUCUGCUCUGCAUCACUUGGGCUGCUGAAAUCCCAUCCAUACAGGACCUCGGAUGGGAGCCAGAUUGUGAGCAGAGGAUGGAAAUCGUACAAUCAUCUGAAUGGGAGGGUUGGAUGGGAAAAUUUGAGAGUAUACAAAUAAAAUUUCCCAUAUGGCACUGAAGAAUACUUCACUGGCUCUGCCUAUUUCCUGGGGCUGGAAAGGCUGGAGGAAAGAGGCCCUCCGCAGAGGUAGGGGAAGAGUGUGUAUCACUCUCAGGCUUCUUCCAGCCCCUUCCCAGGCCCCUAAGGUCAG